UUGGCUGACACCCUCUCACGUUCAGAGAGCUCGGCAGUCAGCAGUUGCUUGUUUUUGUACGUGUUGGGGAUUGUGCACUUGGUACAGUCUGCCGUGGCCUCGAUAAUACUUUGAAUUCACCUCCGCCAAGUCCCGGAGACGUUACUUUACACAGGAGAGCGAGAAUGGAGUGCUGUUGUCACGCACCCCUAUUAUAACGACAGGUGACGGUGGAUGGUGCUAUCCCAUCGCCCUGGGUCUCCGCUGUCUGAGCGACCCCGACAGGCGCUCCUGUCGCCUUCUUUCCAAGUCAGCCCCGGUGCUGUCCGUCCUGCCGCCCGGGAGCGCCGUGUCGUGGAUGACUAAGCGGACGGGGCUCCGUGCCGCCUGUGGCCGCCCGGCGGGCCGAUGCUAGCGGCGUGGGUCGGAGGGGAGAUGUCAGAGCGGGGAUGCCUCGUCCUGGAGACAGUGUGGUAGUCGAGGGGGUCCACGAGUGUACACAGUAUACCUACCAGUCGGACUUGGCGUACAGACUAGCGGACCACGUUUUGAGCCCAACUAGUAGUGGCACAUAUAUGGAUGGUGGGGUCGCAGCAUGCCCACCACCACCACACCACUGGCUGGAAGGAGUAGCGGCGCCGGCGGAGACGAGGGGCCCAUGUCGGCCACCUCCACCUCUGCCAUCGGCUCCUCUUUCCGGUUCGUGCCGGCUUUCUGUCUGGGCGUGGUGGCAGCAGUAGCGUUUCAGCUGGCGUGGGGAGGCCUGACCCUCACCUCGUUCUUCUUGAAGUUGUUCAUCUACGUGUCGUUCGCCCUGCUGUGUUUCCUGGCUGGGAGCUUCGUUCUGCUGGUCCGGAAGAGUCCCCUCAAAGUCAGCUGCUUCGACCGGAACCGGAGGCAGUCCGCCGUGCAGCAGGAGUUCUUCAACAAGCUGAUGGCUCGUUUUUUGGUGCCAGUUCAGGAGUCAAGCCAGAGCAGGAGGGUGGUGGUGUCGCACAACGUGGACAAAGCUCUGAAGGAAGUGUUUGACUACGCCUACAGGGACUACAUCCUGUCGUGGUACAUCCCUUUGAGUCACGACGAGGGCCAGUUGUACUCCAUGCUGUCGGAGGACUGGUGGCAGAUGAUUGGCCAGCUGCGGUCCAGGCUCGCCGACAUCGACCUCGUCAACGUGGUGUGUUAUGACACCAUCCGAAUCCUACACGCGCACUUCACAGACCUCAAGGCUGCGUCUGCACGACCAGAGGAGUGCACUCGACCGUUUCCUCUCCAUCCGUGUUUGGUCAGCCCGGACUCCGAGCUGGCCUUCCUCCGCUGUGUAGCCAGAAUACUGCUGCUGUGUCUGCUGCCACAAAAGGACGCCAAGUCCCAUACACUGCGCUGCUGCCUCACAGAAGUCAUCACCACUAAAGUGCUGAAACCUUUGGUGGAAGUGCUGAGCGACCCAGACUCCAUAAACAGGAUGCUGUUGUCUCAGCUGGAGCAGAGGGAGCAGCAGGCUGAGCAGCAGAAGAAAGCCUACACCUACGCUGCCUCCUACGAAGACUUCGUCAAACUGAUAUCCACUUCUGCCGAUGUCAAUUUCCUCAAACAACUCAGGUAUCAGAUAGUAGUAGAAAUUAUUCAUGCCACCACCAUCAGCAGCCUCCCUCAGCUCAAGAAGCAGAAAGGUGAACGUCAAUCAAGGGAUCGUUAUGAUUCAUCCAAAUUAUCAUGGCAAUCCGUCCAGUCCAAUCUAAACGAGCGAAAAGGUAAAGAGUCGGCCGCCAUGAAGGCAGACCUGCUGAGAGCCAGAGACAUGAAACGGUACAUCAAUCAGCUGACAGUUGCUAAGAAGCAGUGCGAGAAAAGGAUCCGCCUCCUCGGGGGACCCAACUAUGAGAACAACGAGGAAGGAGGGGCAGACGACGGCGACGGGCCUCAAAGCCAGAAGAUUCUCCAGUUCGAUGACAUCCUGUAUAACCCAGGCUACCGGGAGCAUUUCCGCAUUUACAUGGAGAGAGUUGAUAAGAGAGCUCUGAUUAGCUUCUGGGAACUGGUGGAAACGCUGAAAACUGCCAACAAGAAUGAAGUGCCCCAAAUCGUCGGGGAAAUCUACCAGAAGUUCUUUGUGGAGAGCCGGGAGAUUCCAGUGGAGAAGUCUCUCCUCAAGGAGAUCCAACAGAGUCUGGUUGGGAACAGGGGAACACAAGUCUUUGUCAGACUACAAGAACAGGUGGCCGAGACGAUGAGAGAGCGGUACUACCCCUCCUUCCUGGUUUCCGACCACUACGAAGGGCUGAUCAGGCGAGACGAGCAGUGCUGCCAAUCGCAGUGCAGCACGGAGGAAAAGGAGGAAGAAGGGUGUCAGGGUCUAGAUGCAGGAGAGGAGGUGGGCGACGAAGGCAGUAAAAGAAUCAACGAGCAGGCCAGCUACGCCGCGACCAAACUCCGCCUGCUCUACGACAAGCUGGAGUACAAGCGACACGCCCUGGGCUCCAUCCAGAAUGCACCCAAACCAGACAAAAAGAUUGUGAGCAAACUAAAAGAGGAGAUCGGCGCCAUGGAGAGAGAACACGGGGAACUCCAGCAGCACAUCACCAGGACUGACUGGUGGUGUGAGAACUUGGGCCACUGGAGGGCCUCGAUCACUACUGCUGAGGCUACAGAGGAGGGCGGUGAGACGGUCGCCUGUUACAGUGUGUGGGUAAGCCUGUUGGAAGGAGAGGAGACGGCCAACAGUCGCUGGAGCGUCCAAAGGAAACUCACCGAAUUCCAGAUGUUGCACCGCAAACUCACCGAGUGUUUCCCGUCACUGAAGAAGCUCCAGUUACCGUCGCUCAGUAAACUGCCCUUCAAGUCCAUCGACCAGAAAUUCUUAGACAAGAGCAAAACUCAGCUCAAUGCCUUCCUCCAGCGUCUGCUGACAGAUGAGCGAUUGUGCCAGUCCGAGGCCCUCUAUGCGUUCCUCAGCCCGUCCCCAGAGCACCUCAAGGUGAUGUCGAUCCAGAAGAAGUCGUCUUUCUCCCUGGCCUCCUUCCUGGAGAGGCUACCUGGAGACUUCUUCUCCCACACCGAGGAGGAGGCGGACGAUGACAGCGACUUGUCAGACUACGGCGACGAGCCAGACGGGAGGAGGGACGCCCUAGCCGAGCCCUGCUUCAUGCUCAUCGGGGAGAUCUUUGAACUCAGAGGAAUGUUUAAGUGGGUGAGGAAGACCCUAAUUGCACUAGUCCAGGUGACAUUUGGACGAACCAUCAACAAACAGAUCCGGGACACAGUGAACUGGAUCUUCUGUGAACAGAUAUCGGUGUGUUACAUCAACGUGUUCAAGGACACCUUCUGGCCCAACGGGAAGUUGGCUCCUAACGUCAGGGUCCGAACUGACAGCGAACGCAGCGACACUAAGGAACGGGCUCAACAGAAACUACUCGACAAUAUCCCAGAUGCACUAGCAAAUCUAGUCGGCCAGCAGAAUGCCCGCUAUGGAAUCAUCAAGAUCUUCAAUGCCCUGCAGGAGGCUAGUGCCAACAAACAUCUUAUCUAUGUGUUGAUGGAAAUGUUACUCAAGGAAGUGUGCCCUGAACUCAGUGCGGAGGUGGACAACAUCUGAACAGACACACAGUCACAGUCACACAGUCACACAGUCACACAGUCACACAGUCACACAGUCACACAGUCACACACACACACACACACACACACACACACACACACAAGUCUUUGGAUCUAAGGCCCUUCUUUCUGUAGCUGACCAAUCAUAAACUGCCAGACAGGGAGAUGGCCUUUGUUUGGUUCAACCUCAGACAGAAAGCAGCUGUGUUGGUCAGAGCUGAGACGCACGCUGAAUUCUGGAAGUUGAGGCCGCUGUGAGAAGAUGAAAAGGCUGGGCCGACAGCAGACCCUGAAAAGGGGGCUGGGGUUUUGACUUUGUUGUGGCACAGAUCUAAGAGUGUGUGUCUGAACCGGGAGAAACCGCAUGGAGUCCGACUUCUUCCUGUUUAAAGGCAGCCGUCUAACUAGACGCAUCACAUUCGAGAGUCCAGAUUCACACGAGAAUCAUUUUUGACAUUGAAGUCGGCCAUGUCUGCAGGUUUCUCUUUUGUUGCUGUCUUUUCUUCUUUUAAUAGCACCGCAGCAUCAGAUCUGUACCACAACAAAUCCGUUGUUCCUGUGCAACUCAUCACUCGACUCCAAAGAAGAGUCACACUUUGUGACGGUAAACAGCAGGAUCGUCUCCUCCACAGCUGUUUGACCUCGAUUUAAAUGCAGCAAAGACAGUUGAAGUUCCGAUAUUCGGUCGCUCUCUGAAGGCAACCAAGUGCGUCUUUGCCCACGGAUCUCUGAACAUUCCUCCUACACACAACCUGAGCAACACUUGUGUUCUGUGAUUCUUGUUAAGGCUUAUAAUUGUGCAAUAUAAUGUCAUGUAAAAGUCAUUGUGAUGAUUUUAUUUAUGAUUAUUAUUGAUAGAUUUUAUUUUUACCAAAAAUUGUUUAGAGAGCGUUUAUAUAAGCAAUAAAUUGCAAACAAAGUG